AUGAAGAAGAUCAAACAAGCAGUUGGAAGAGCUCUAAUCAAGAGGAGCGCGUCAAAACUUGUCUCAAGAAUCAGCGAAAGAGAGGAGGAAGAACAUCUGAAGGAGUCCGAUGGAGAUGGUGGAGAUAGUCCCUCAGAUUCUGAGGAGGAGCCCUCGGAAGAACCAAGCCUACGCAUUGCACAGACUGAUGCAAACUUUGGCAAAAAGGCUUUCAUUGACGCUGAUGUGAAAACUACUUGGCAUGUUCUUGUGCGUGUGAUUGAAGGAAGAGACUUGAAAACAGGUUCGCUGAGAGUUAGAGCGUACCUAGAGGGAAUUCAGAAAUGUACUCGCGUUUGCUCACAAGGGACUCCAAAAUGGAAACAAAAUCUCGUAUUUAUGUUGAAAGAUACAACUUUGCAAAAGCUUGCCACCGAAACACUGACUAUCAAGGUGACAAGAGCAAAACGUUUCUCCGAAAAAGUCAAAGGAGAAUUCUUCUGCCUUCUGGGUGCAAUUAUUCACUCGCCUGGACAAGCUAUCAUUUCCAAAUGGAUUGCUAUGCGAACCCCUUAUGAUGAGGACGAUGACGAAGCAGUGCAUGAAAAUUGCGGAUUUUUGAAGGUAUCGAUGUGUGUAUUUGGUAUGGACACUUGCCCUCCAAGAAUGAAUGACGAUAUUGUAAGCGAUGAAAUCUGGAAUGGUGCUCAAUUAGAAGAGAUCUCAUUGAGAAUAAGACUAUUUCGACUUCAUCAAAUUGCUGAAGAAAUCCAUAAACAAAUAUUUUCAAAUAAGGGAAAGCCAAUAAAGUUUUCCAUAAAGGUGACAUUCGGGAGAGAGUUAUGUGAGUCAAGCGCCGAAGAGCUAGGACCGUACAGCAUCGGAGAUCUGCUCACUCAAGCCGUUGGUUUCAAUCAAGAAAUAUUUCUUCCCAUAUUGUGGCCUACUGUUAUCUCAAAGGUGAACUUUCAGUUGAUCAUGAGAAAAGGCCGUAGGAGACGAUGUAUAGGACAGACUUCAAUUCUGACACGACUAAUGUACGAGCCUGGAAAGGAAGGCUUUAUGCCAACAUUUGGUCCAGCAUUUAUCAAUUUUUUCGGCCAUGAAAAACUCAAACGAUUGAAAUGGUUGAGUGAAAAAGAAAAGAGCAUGAUACGCGAGGGAGAAGGAAGCAAAUAUUUGGCUCGGCUACUCGUCUCAAUUGGCUGUGCAGAUUACAUAGGUGAAACAGUACAAAAGACUUUUGUUGAUCAUAGUUCGCUUGUGCAUUCGACCAGAUUUGAGAUGAUGCAUCGCUACAAUGUUUUCUGCUCAUUUUUCGCAUGUAAUUUGAUAAAUCCAAUGUUUGCCAGUGAGGAAAUAUCUUUCUAUGUUUCUAUGGGCGAAUACGGUAGCACCGGCGCCGAACUCUCACGGAACAGAAGCUCUGUUUUAGGCGCGAUGCCAGACCAUGACGAUAAGAAGUACUUCUCUAUGCCUUGGGGUAAUCACAAGCCUAUGGCAGAUGUUCCAGGAUUAUGGGAAGAGGUAGAUGGACGAAUGGAGAGAAGCAAUGCUAUUAGAAAGGUUGUUCUUAUGCUGGACAAGCUGCUAACCCUUGCAAAACCCAUCGACAGCGAGAAGAAUGACCAAGUUGCUUCACUUGCAAUGGAAGCCCUUGAACACAUGGAAUGCAUGCUUUCUCGGUUGCUAGAACAUGAUGUUGCAUUCAGUGCAAAAAUAUCAAAUGAACUGGAUUUAUGCUGGCAAAAAACUCGUAGAAGAACAAUAGAAAAGAUUCUGAAAGAAAUUGAUGGCUUCAAAUAUGAUGAAGUGCAUCCGUAUGAUGAAAUGGGUGAAAAAGUUAUGCGCUUUCUACAGAGGAUGAGAGAUUACGUCUUUAGAAUAUCGGAAGAUUGUCAAAUUUCGACACCCUACAUCCUGAUCAAAAUGCUAGCAAGUGGAAGAGUGGUGGGCUACAGUAUGAUACGGGCAGAGGAGAUUUACUUUUCUGAGAACGAUGCUUUGUGUGGCGAAUGGUGCGGGCGUUUGCGUACCAUACCGAUGAAAUGGCCAACUGCAGCUGAUCGCAAGAGCAGAAAGGAAGAUUUUCCUGCUAUUAUUCAUGUGAAGAUGUGGUUUGGACGGCGCGCGUUCGAGUGGUCAUGGAAGGAAGCGAUUAGACCAGCGGAAGCGAAAACAUAUUUUGAGAUUUUUAGUUACCAGCGAAGAGGAACAUUAAAAUCGGCUUGGAAAGACAAAGCUACUUAUACGAAUGAGAACGAAAGCGAAGACCUAAUGGAGUAUCUAUCAACUAAUCCUUUUGGAUGGAAUUAUAUGGGUAACUGGGUAGUGAGAAAUACACAUGACAUGUGGGUCUGCUCAAGUGAUGGACGACAGACAUGUGAUGAUAAAGUUUUUGAAGUACAGGAAUGGCGAGAUAACGGAUGGCAGCCGUUAAAAUUUACCGAUUACUUUGGUGGGGAAAUUAAGAAGCAAAGCUUACACACUCCGGAAAGAGGAUGGAAAUACGAAGGCAGAUGGAUGCCAGACACCCAUCAAAAUUACGGUGACAAAAAUGGUUGGGUUUACGCGAUAACGGAUGUUUUCUGGGGUGAAACUGGGACUGUGGAUAACGAAAGAAGAGCAGACCAUAAAUACCGGAGAAGAUGUAUCAAAAGAACUCGAAAGGCUUUGGACUUCAAAAAUCAAGACUUUGAAACUUACGAGCAGUCUUUGGGGGACACUAAAUGGGAGGAUCUCCUUCCAGUGGCAAAGAACACCGCUCGAGCAUUUGUUCGAGCUACUUUUCUUACCAGAGCACAGCAAACGUUGGUUGUUGAGAAUUCCCAAAAUCCUAUAUGGAAUGAAACCUUGAUUUUCAAUAAGGUGCUCAUCACUGGCGGUAAAAGACAGAUCAGCUGGAAUCCGCCAAUAGUUCUGGUAGAAGCUCGUGGAGAAAGGAAAGACCAAAGCGAGAUUUUUCUUGGCCGUUUUGAAGCUGCACCAGUUGUCAUCUGCGCAACUACGGAUUCUCGAGCGAAACUGAAUUGGCACACGCUAACAUUUCAAAAUUCGAAGACAAGAGGUGCUGUACUUGCUUGCUUCGAGCUUUUCUAUGUCGACGAAUUCAAUAAAGAUGAACUGCCACUCUUACCGGCAAGGAAAAGCGUCGAUAAGCGGUUCGAAAUUCCUGGUGAACUGAGACCUAAAUUUGAUGACUUCGUGGUGCAAGUGCUUUGCUGGGGAGUUCGGAAUCUCAAAAAGCACAAUUUUCUUUCAAUUCGUCGGCCUUAUUUGGAACUUAUCAUCGGCGACACAGAUACAACAACAGAUCCUAUCGAGAAUGUCGCCAAAAAUCCGAACUUCAGCACACCACUAAUCACAUUCCCAAAGGUUUCUCUCCCGUCGGAUCUCCAGUUCAGCCCACCACUUGUGAUCAACUUGUACGACAUAAGAGCAUUCAAAAGGCAACCUCUAAUUGGCGUAUGUCACAUCAUGGAUUUUGCGAAAUACGCGCGAAUUCCUGCGAAGAAGAAAGCAGAAGAAGAAAAAUCGGAUUGGGAAGAUUAUGAAAAGCACAUGGACGAGGAGGACUCAGCGCUAUUGAAAACCCCGCUCAUACCAUCACUACGGAAAGACGAUAUGCCAAAAUUGGACUGGUGGAGUAAAUAUUACGCUUCGGAGGGAUAUUUCGAAAAAGCACCAGGAUUUGAAGAAUCAGGGAUAGAGUACCUGACAGUUUUCAAGGAACCACUCGAGUGCGUCAAUAAUUACAACGGUUUCCAAGAUUUUUUGGAUACGUUCACCUUUGUAAAAAGCUCCAUGGGAAACUUUGACGAUCCCGAAGAGAAAGAAAAGACUGGCGAACUCAAAGGGAAAGUGUUCAUCACGCGGAUAAAUAAAGAAGAUAGCGAUAGUGCAAUUCUCGAAGCACCUGGUGUUGAGUUUCUUGGCACUGUGAAAUGUCUGUUACGAGUAUAUGUCAUCGAAGCCAAAGGUUUAGUAUCACAACGAAAAAAUGGCAUGUGUGAUCCGUACAUAAUGGUGAAAUGCGGGAAGCAAAAGGUGAAUCUGAAAAAGAAUUAUCGGCCAGAUACAGUAGAUCCCAUAUUUGGAGAGUUAAUAGAAAUGGAUAUAACAAUUCCUCUCGAGAAAGAUUUGAUCGUAUCAGUAAUGGACCGUAGAAAACUUAUAUCAGAUGAUGAAAUUGGUGCAACUCGUAUUGACUUAGAAAAUCGUCUCCUAACCAAAUGGAGAGGCACCAUUGGCCUUAGCAAGCAGUUUACCAUACAAGGAGAACUACAGUGGCGUGAUCAACAAAGCCCAUUGUCGAUACUUAGAGGGUAUUGCAAGAAGAUGCUAGUACCAGCUCCAAAAAUUUUGGUGAAAGAAGAUGACAUAGGGAUCAAAAUGUUUGAUAUUGAGAUCUGGCAUUCAGAAGUGGUCAAAGUCAUGCAAGAAGAGGAUAAAUCUUCACGACGAGCUACUGCAGGAAAAGAUACACCAUCAGAGGAGCCCGAAGGGUCUCCACUCCAAAAAGAGGAGGAAAGUGGAAAAUCACUCAAGAGUAACAGGGUAGAAGAAGAACGGGUUAAGAGAGCAGCUAUAGCUCAACAUGGAGAGAAAAUCAAGGGCAAGGAACUGACACCCGAGGAACGGCUGGUGGUUAGACGAGAACAGCGAGCAAUGAUUGUUGGUAGACCUCUACAGCAAGUUGCAGUCUACAUUUUGACGAAGGACAAGUUCCAGAUGAAUCUUGUGCCGGAGCAUGUCGAAACACGGUAUUUAUUCACGGAAAUGUCUGGCAACACACCAUGUGGAGAGUUAAGAAUGUUUGUGGAUCUCUUCCCGCUACCCUAUGGUGCCGCACCACCUCCUAUCGAUAUUUCUCGACGUGAACCAGAGCUUUACCAAUUGCGUGUGGCUCUUUUCAGUGUUACCGGUGCAAUACCGGUCAAAAGGAGUUUUGGACAACCGACGGCAGACCUAUAUGUCAAAGUAUUCACAAAUGGUACAGAAAAGCCGCAAAAGUCCGAUGUUCAUUUUCGGUCCCUGGAUGGCUGUGGAGAGUUCAACUGGAGAUUCGUAAUUGAUAUAGCUUUCAAUCCCUGGGAAAACAAGAUAGUGAAUUAUCGGAAGAAGAGACUAAAAAAGAGCGAGGAAAUGAUAGAGCCGCUUCUUAGAGUUCAGCUUUGGGACAAGAAUAAAUUUAGAAAAGAUGUAAUGUUAGGUGAAAUGGUAAUGGAUAUAACACACUUCAAAGAGGGAAUCGCUGAUCCAGAAGAUAUCGGAAUAUUGAGAUCGAAGCGAACACGGAGAAGAUGCAAACUUUGCAGCAGGAGAUGCUGCUGUGUCAGAUUAUGUAUUGCCUGCAAAGACACUAAGUGCUGCUGUAAGUUUCAAAAAACAAAGAAAGUGCCGUUUCCGAAACCAAUGAAGUAUGAAAAACCAGGAGAUGAAGUAGACACCGUUAAUCUAUUUGAUACAGAAAGUCUUAGAGGAUGGUGGCCUGUGUUGAACAAAAAACGUUUUAAUGAGAAAGAUGAUGAUGCAGCAAAAAAGAAAGAUGAUGACUACGACCCUAAACAAUUGUAUAUCAUGGGACUGGUCGAAUUGGAAAUGUCGUUAGUCACAGCAGCAGAAGCAGAAGCUGAUCCAGUAGGAAAGAAAAGAAAAGAGCCAAAUCAUAAUCCCUACCUACCAAAGCCGCUGAGAUCAAAAUGGAAUAUGUUCUGGAUUACAUCGAGAGUGCGCCCGUGUAUCUGCUGGGCAUGGCACAAGUGUGGCAUGCAAUUAUUGUGCUGGACUUUAAUAAUCAUAAUAUUAGUUGUUGCCAUUUAUGCGUUGAUUGCUAACUGGCCUGUGAUUGUAGCCACAUUUUUGAAGUAA